AUGCUAUACAAUACAUCGAAGUUCGAUCCUUUCGGCGACGGAUAUCAUCCAACACCAUCGAAUUCAGCUCUCUUGAGUCCAUUGGACAACGAGUUUCCGAUGCUCUCUACCUUCGAGGAGCCAGCAUCUAGCAGCUCCUUGUGGGACCCGAACCCCGUUAGGGAUCUGGAAGAUGUGGCGUUCUUUGCCCUCGAGUCAGUUGAUGUCGUAUCAAGGCGCCGACUCGGCCCAAGCUGUCCCAGACGCUCUAUACCUCAUGCCAUGGCACCAGAGGUCCCGCCAACACCACCAUCACCAUGCCAUCCAGAGGAUUUGAAACGAGCUACCGUCUCUGCACAUGACCACUUCGAGCUGAGGUCUGCGUUCAGUGUGAUGUCUAUUUCGAAUUGCUCGCCCUCGCUUUCUGCGAAGAGAGUAUCCUCUCCACCUUUGAAUGCAUUGAGUUUAGGCUCGCCGAGAUUGAACAAUGCCAUCGAACUUUUCCAACGCGCAGCAUCACCUCCCUCACUCACACCGACCAGCCCCCGCUGGAACAGGCAGAAUAUCUUAAGCCACGCAUGA